UUUGGUCCGUAGCCAGUUCGUGACAUCCGUUCUUUCAAUGUGUAGUAUACGGUGUCUGUCAUUUUGAUUGAUUCAUAUCACUUUAUGAAAAAUGUUUUCCUUGUAUCGACAAUGCAAUAUUGGAGUUCAGAAGAUUCUCUCACGUUGUAAGCUGAACAGUCAUGUUGGGUGACGCUGAAAUUGCCUAGACGCCCGAAGUAUGUUCAUCCAAGUGCAAGACACUCCAAACCCAAACAGCAUGAAGUACUUUCCCGGCAAGGAUGUGCUCGGUACCGGUACGAUCGAUUUUCCAUCCAUCGUUCAUACCGGAUCGUCUCAGCUCGCCAGGCAACUGUUCCGCAUCGAAGGCGUUGAACGUGUCUUUUUUGGUCCAGAUUUCAUUACAAUCACAAAGAAAGAUGAACUGGACUGGAGUGUUAUCAAACCUGAAGUGUUUGGUGUAAUUAUGGACUAUUAUGCAUCAGGAUUGCCAAUUAUUUCUGAAGAUACGCCUACGGACCAAACGGAUGGUGAAGUCGAAGAGGAUGAAACUGUUAUGAUGAUUAAAGAGCUACUGGAUACCAGAAUACGACCGACUGUUCAGGAGGAUGGUGGGGAUAUCAUCUACGUGGGUUUCAAGGAUGGCAUUGUUCGGCUGAAAUUACAAGGAUCCUGUUCCAGCUGCCCCAGCUCUGUGGUGACAUUGAAAAAUGGCGUUCAAAAUAUGCUCCAGUUUUACAUACCCGAAGUUCUGGGGGUGGAACAAGUUGAGGAUGAACUUGAUGCGGUCUCCAAAAAGCAGUUUGAGGAGGCUGAGAACGCGCUAAGAAGUCAGGACACAACAGGCCAUACAGGCUCAUGACUACCAGCUUAAUCCGUAACACUUUCUUUUCAUCUGUGUACAGAUUAUCUUGAUUGUGCUGCUGAUACAUUUCAAUCAAAUUCGUCGACAUCCCCGUUCCCUAGGAACUACGUUUGCAUGCACCCAAAUGAUGUGGGUUUUGUUUUGUUUUGACUGCUAUGAACUCUUGCUAUGUGCUAGGUUGAGGUUAGCUCAACUGUUCGGUCGCAGUAUUUUUCCGUAAUGCACCUUGAUACCGGGAAUAUUACAGGUCUUUCGAGAAGGACAGUACAGGCAUUCGCCAGUAUAUUGUGAAAGAUCACACUCACUGAGUGAUUCAGGUGGCCAUCAGAGCAUCAGAAACAUGGUUAAAUUCGUUCACUCCAGCCAUGAACUCACCACUUACCACAUACCUUGUUCAGUUGGUUUGAUAAGACCACCUCGGCCAUGUUUUUGUAAAAUGUAUUUGUGGCA